CCUAGUAUGGGGGCAAUGCCAGGCCUGCCAGCAGUGCCGCCCAUGCCCCUGCCCCCUCUGCCUCCAGGAGUGCCAGGAGUAGGUGUGUCUCCACCUCUGGUAGCAUCAGUGACCCCAGCCUUACCAUCCCUUGCUAACGGAGCACCCGCUAUGAUACAACCCAUGAGUGGAUUCUCGCAUCCAGCUGCUGCGCUCAACAAAACCCCUUCGUUCAAUCGUUCCAGUAUCAAGCUACAGAAGGGCCAGUCAGUUGAGGCACCCAGUGCUCCGGCUGCUCCUCCACCCAUUGACUGGGCCGUGCCUCAGUCCUCUCGGCUCAAAUACCGCCAACUCUUCAACAGCCAUGACAAAAUGAUGAGUGGUUAUCUCACAGGUCCACAAGCCAGAACUAUUCUAAUGCAGUCCAGUCUACCGCAGGCCCAGCUGGCCACCAUCUGGAACCUGUCCGAUAUAGACCAGGACGGAAAGUUGACUGCAGAAGAGUUUAUUCUGGCCAUGCACUUAAUUGACAUGGCAAUGUCCGGUCUGCCUCUUCCCCCAUUGCUGCCCCCUGACCUCAUACCUCCAACAUUCAGGAGAAUGCGUUCUGGUAGUGGAGUGUCUGUGACCAGUAUGCACUCGACAGAUCUACGGUCUCAGGAUGAGCCCGAGGAGGAGGAAAAAGAGGCAGAGAAAAAACUUGCAGUCACAUUCGAGGAUAAGAAACGAGAGAACUUUGAGCGUGGAAACCUGGAGCUGGAGAAACGUCGUCAGGCGCUUCUGGAGCAGCAGAGGAAAGAGCAGGAGCGACUGGUGGCGCUGGAGAAAGAGGAGCACGAGAGGAAGGAGAGAGAACGACUGGAGCAGGAGAGACGCAGACAGCAGGAGCUGGACAGACAACUGGAGAGACAGAGAGAGCUGGAGCGACAGAGGGAGGAGGAGAGACGCAAGGAGAUCGAGAGAAGAGAGGCUGCUAAGCGGGAGCUGGAGCGUCAGCGGCAGUUAGAAUGGGAGAGAACACGCAGACAGGAGCUGCUCACCCAGAGAAACAGAGAGCAGGAGAACAUCGUCCUGCUCAAAGCACGCAAGAAAACGCUCGAGUUUGAACUGGAGGCUCUGAAUGAUAAGAAGUCACAGUUGGAGGGUAAACUGCAGGACAUUCGUUUCCGUCUCUCGGCUCAGAGGCACGAGAUCGAGAGCACCAAUAAGACACGAGAGCUCCGCAUUGCUGAGAUCACCAGCCUGCAACAGCAGCUGCAGGAGUCUCAGCAGUGGUUGAGUCGGUUGAUUCCUGACAAACAGUGUCUGAAUGACCAGCUGAAGCAGGUUCAGCAGAACAGUCUGCACAGAGACUCUCUGUCCAGUCUUCAGAGGGCCAUUGAAAUGAAGGAAUCAACCAAACAGCAGCUGAGAGAACAGCUGGAUGCUGUGGAGAAGGAGACACGUUCCAAACUAUUGGAGAUAGACUCCUUCAACACACAACUGAAGUCCUUGGGGCUGUUCUAUGAGACCCACGCUGCUAGGAUGGAGAACCUGCAAUCGGAGCUACUUAUUGAAGAGCAGAGGGGGCGACAGGAGCUGAGAGAAAUCCACAACAAACAACAGAGGCAGAAACAAAAGGAGCUGGAGGCUGAUAUCACCCAGCCGUCGCACGACAGGAAGUCCACAGAAUUACAAGACUCUAGGUUGUCAGGGACAGAAGAUGGCAUGUCUCCUGCAUGGAGAGAUGAUGGGCUGGGUAACGCUCCCACUCCUCCUGCGACUCAGGCUUGGAUAAGCCAAGUGAGUGAAGAGGAGAACCACAGCAGAGCCGAAGUACAGGAUAACCUCUCCAAACUCUUCACACAGCAUCCGCAUUCUGGAAAACUACAGACUCGGUCCCCCUGGUCUAUGGCAGAUAAGAUUCCAGUGUCUGACUUUAAUCAGGAGAAGGUAAAGGUGGUCUACUAUAGAUCACUGUAUCCCUUUGAUGCCCGCAGUCAUGAUGAAAUCACCAUCCAUCCUGGAGAUAUAGUGAUGGUGAAGGGAGAGUGGGUGGAUGAGUCUCAGACAGGUGAGCCUGGAUGGUUAGGAGGAGAGAUUAAAGGGAAGACUGGCUGGUUCCCUGCCAAUAUAGAUAAGAUUCCAGUGUCUGACUUUAAUCAGGAGAAGGUAAAGGUGGUCUACUAUAGAUCACUGUAUCCCUUUGAUGCCCGCAGUCAUGAUGAAAUCACCAUCCAUCCUGGAGAUAUAGUGAUGGUGAAGGGAGAGUGGGUGGAUGAGUCUCAGACAGGUGAGCCUGGAUGGUUAGGAGGAGAGAUUAAAGGGAAGACUGGCUGGUUCCCUGCCAAUUAUGCAGAGAAGAUUCCAGAAUCUGAAGUUCCUCUUAGUUUGAGAGCUAGCACUACUUCUAGUUCUGCCCCUAAAUUGGGUUCCCAUAUGUCGUCAACAACCACAGCCGCACCCUUGCAAUCAGUCUCCACAGAGUCUGCAUCGAUAGCCCCACCCUCCUCAGCCCCUGCCCCUCCAGGCCCUGCCUCCUCCUCUUCCUCAACAUCUAGUAACUGGGCAGAUUUCAGCACUACAUGGCCAACUAAUUCUGUUGUGGAGAAGCAGGACAAUGAUGGAUGGGAUGCAUGGCCGACCCAGCCCACUCAGCCGUCCCUGUCAGUGCCCAGUGGAGGGCAGAUCAGGCAGCGCUCUGCUUUCACCCCAGCCACGCUUUCCGGCUCCUCACCCUCACCUGUGCUUGGCCAGGGUGAAAAGGUGGAGGGUCUGCAGGCACAGGCUUUGUAUCCAUGGAGAGCCAAGAAAGACAAUCACCUAAACUUUAACAAGAAUGACGUGAUCACCGUCCUGGAGCAGCAGGAUAUGUGGUGGUUUGGGGAGGUGCAAGGGCAGAGAGGAUGGUUCCCCAAGUCUUACGUCAAACUCAUCUCUGGGCCCGUCCGGAAAUCUAUGAGUAUUGAAUCCGGCUCUUCAGACAGCCCUCCCAGUGUUAAGAGACCCAGCCCAUCUCCAAAUAAACCCACAGAUCUCGGAGAAGAGUAUGUGGCCAUGUAUACAUAUGAAAGCAGUGAGCAGGGUGACUUGACCUUCCAGCAAGGUGAUGUCAUCACGGUCACAAAGAAAGAAGGAGAUUGGUGGACUGGGACUGUGGGCGGGAAGACUGGAGUCUUCCCCUCAAAUUAUGUCAAGCCUAAAGAAUCCGAGGGUUUGGGAUCUGCUGGAAAAACAGGAAGUUUAGGGAAGAAACCAGAGAUUGCCCAAGUGAUCGCUCCGUAUGCAGCCACCGGGGCAGAGCAGCUCACUUUAGCACCAGGCCAGCUCAUUCUUAUUCGAAAGAAAAACCCAGGAGGAUGGUGGGAAGGAGAACUUCAGGCAAGAGGAAAGAAGCGUCAGAUUGGCUGGUUUCCAGCUAAUUAUGUAAAAUUAUUGAGCCCCAGCACCAGUAAGACCACACCCACAGAGCCCAACCCACCCAAGCUGCCAACACCCAAUGCAGUGUGCCAGGUGAUUGGCAUGUAUGAUUACACGGCUCAAAACGAUGAUGAGCUGCCUUUCGGGAAGGGCCAAAUCAUCAAUGUUUUGAGCAGAGAGGAUCCUGAUUGGUGGAAGGGAGAGCUGAAUGGUUCCACUGGCCUUUUCCCAUCAAACUACGUUAAGCUGACCACCGACACAGACCCCAGCCAACAAUUGAAGAUGAUUGGUGACAUCCUGACGGCUCAGCUUCCUCACAUGCAGCCGUACAUCCGCUUCUGCAGCUGCCAGCUCAACGGCGCCACCCUCAUUCAGCAGAAAACAGACGAGGUGCCUGAAUUCAAAGAGUUUGUUAAGCGGUUGGCGAUGGACCCUCGCUGUAAGGGAAUGCCCCUGUCCAGCUUCCUCCUCAAACCCAUGCAGAGAGUCACCCGAUACCCCCUCAUCAUCAAAAACAUUUUAGAGAACACUCCAGAAAGCCACCCGGACCACAGUCACCUGCGGCUGGCUCUGGAGAAGGCUGAAGAGCUGUGCUCGCAAGUCAACGAAGGCGUGCGAGAGAAAGAAAACUCAGACCGGCUGGAGUGGAUCCAGGCACAUGUGCAGUGUGAGGGGCUGUCAGAGCAACUUGUGUUCAACUCCGUUACAAAUUGUCUGGGCCCUCGGAAGUUCCUGCACAGUGGAAAACUCUACAAAGCCAAAAGCAACAAGGAGCUUUACGGCUUCCUGUUUAACGAUUUCCUGCUCCUCACGCAGAUCAUCAAACCUCUGGGCUCGUCGGGAACGGACAAAGUCUUCAGUGCGAAAUCCCACCUGCAGUAUCGCAUGUACAAAACGCCCAUCUUUCUCAACGAGGUGCUGGUGAAGUUGCCCACUGAUCCUUCUGGAGAUGAACCUAUAUUCCACAUAUCUCACAUCGACAGAGUCUACACUAUUCGGGCUGAGAGCAUCAACGAGCGGACAGCUUGGGUGCAGAAGAUCAAAGCCGCUUCUGAGCUCUUCAUUGAAACGGAGAAGAAGAAGAGAGAGAAAGCCUACUUGGUGAGGUCUCAGAGGGCCACUGGUAUCGGGCGGCUAAUGGUGAACAUUGUUGAAGGCAUUGAGCUAAAGCCCUGCCGUUCAAAUGGGAAGAGUAAUCCGUACUGUGAGGUGACGAUGGGCUCUCAGUGUCACGUCACUAAGACGCUGCAGGACACUCUGAACCCUAAAUGGAACUCAAACUGCCAGUUCUUCAUCAAAGACCUGGAGCAGGAUGUGCUGUGUGUCACUGUGUUUGAGAGGGAUCAGUUCUCCCCGGACGAUUUCUUGGGCAGGACGGAGAUUCGGCUGGCCGACAUCAAGAAGGACCAGGGCUCUAAGGGGCCCAUCACCAAGCGACUGCUUUUACACGAAGUCCCUACGGGAGAGAUUGUGGUGCGACUGGACCUUCAGCUCUUUGAUGAACCCUGACCCACGUUGUUUGGCCUGACCUUUUAACCCCCAGAAUCCAUAUCCGCUACUCCUCCGUGGUGAAAGCCCACCAGCCCUCCACCCAGCAUCAUGAAUCCCAGAGUGUGAAUGUGUGUAUUUGCACAAGCGUUUGUAAGUCUGCAAAAUGCUGUAACAGUCUUAAUCAGUGAUCCCGAUUGGAUUUUUAUUGUCCUUGAUACCUUUUGAAGACAAGUGUGUGAGUGAAAAUGAAGGAUGUACUGUAGAGGGAACCUUUCAGUUCCCUAAUGAUGUGAAGGAUGUCUCAGGAUGCUGUGUAAGUCUUAAAGAGUCAAACAUACAGUAGUUGUAUUUAACACUCUAAUGACCCGGGAGCAGUAGUGCCAUUUGUGUGUUCUAGAAUGAAAGUGCCAUUCAUUCUAGAAUACACAGAAUCAUUCUAGAAUGAUGACACGUUCCAAAUGAUGUGCCAUUCCAGUGAAAUCCGUCAUUAUGGGUGAAUCUCAUGAAACCUUAUUUGCAUAAUUCAAAAAAUAUAUAUAUA